CACGCUAAAUAAACGAAUUUCCACUGAAAGUUGUAGAAGAAGCAGGAAGAUACUACACCAUUUCUCAACCGUUCUUUUGUUGCUGUUAUGGAUACUAAGAUCGGAUCAAUCGAAGCUUGUAAGCCAGGGAGCGGCGACGUAGCCAACGCGCCGACAAACGGCGUCAAUACGGUUCACUCAACGCCCGUUGCCUUCAGCUCGGCUGAGGCUACUCUAGGCCGCCAUCUGGCGCGCCGCCUCGUCCAGAUCGGGGUGACCGACGUGUUCAGCGUCCCCGGGGACUUUAAUCUUACUCUGCUUGACCACCUCAUUGCGGAGCCGGGGCUCAACCUGAUCGGCUGCUGCAACGAGCUCAACGCCGGAUACGCCGCCGACGGCUAUGCUCGGGCCCGCGGAGUUGGAGCCUGCGUCGUCACUUUCACCGUCGGAGGACUUAGCGUCCUCAACGCCAUCGCCGGCGCGUACAGUGAAAACCUCCCGCUGAUAUGCAUCGUCGGUGGUCCCAACUCGAACGACUACGGAACUAACCGGAUCCUCCACCACACUAUCGGUUUACCCGAUUUUAGCCAGGAGCUCCGAUGCUUUCAAACCGUUACUUGCUAUCAGGCUGUGGUGAACAAUUUGGAAGAUGCGCACGAGUUGAUCGAUACGGCGGUAUCGACGGCGUUGAAGGAGAGCAAGCCGGUUUACAUAAGCAUCGGCUGUAACUUGGCAGGGAUCCCUCAUCCCACCUUUAUUCGUGAACCGGUUCCAUUUUCACUUAACCCCAAAUUGAGUAAUCAGAUGGGUUUGGAGGCAGCAGUGGAGGCUGCUGCAGAGUUCUUGAACAAAGCUGUGAAGCCAGUGCUGGUUGGAGGGCCAAAAAUGCGUGUUGCAAAAGCUUGUAAAGCCUUUGUCGAGUUGGCAGAUUCUUGUGGGUAUGCCACGGCUGUUAUGCCCUCUGCUAAGGGGCUAGUACCUGAGCACCAUCCGCAUUUCAUUGGAACCUACUGGGGUGCAGUGAGCACUGCGUUCUGUGCUGAGAUUGUUGAAUCAGCUGAUGCUUACUUGUUUGCGGGACCAAUAUUCAACGACUACAGCUCGGUUGGCUAUUCUUUGCUUCUUAAGAAGGAGAAGGCAAUCAUUGUGCAACCUGAUCGUGUGACCAUUGCCAAUGGUCCUGCAUUUGGCUGUGUUCUAAUGAAGGAUUUCCUUUCUGCACUUGCGAAGAGACUUAAGCACAACAAAACAGCGUAUGAGAAUUACUCUAGGAUUUUUGUCCCUGAAGGCCAGCCACUCAAGUGUGAGCCGAAGGAGCCAUUAAGGGUCAAUGUUCUUUUCCAGCACAUCCAGAAAAUGUUGUCAGGUGAAACAGCUGUUAUUGCUGAGACAGGGGACUCAUGGUUCAAUUGUCAAAAGUUGAAAUUACCUCAAGGAUGUGGAUACGAGUUCCAAAUGCAGUAUGGAUCUAUUGGAUGGUCUGUAGGUGCAACUCUUGGGUAUGCACAAGCUACACCGGAGAAGCGGGUGAUUUCUUGCAUUGGAGAUGGUAGCUUUCAGGUGACAGCUCAGGAUGUGUCAACAAUGCUGCGUUGCGGUCAGAGACCCAUCAUUUUCCUGAUAAACAAUGGUGGCUACACGAUUGAAGUAGAGAUCCAUGAUGGACCUUACAAUGUCAUCAAGAACUGGAACUACACUGCACUCAUUGAUGCAAUCCACAAUGGUGAGGGCAAGUGCUGGACAGCCAAGGUUUUCUACGAAGAGGAGCUCAUUGAAGCAAUUGAGACUGCGACCGGAGCCAAGAAGGAUUGUCUGUGCUUCAUUGAAGUGAUUGUUCACAAGGAUGAUACGAGCAAAGAGCUGCUUGAAUGGGGUUCUAGGGUCUCUGCAGCUAACAGCAGGCCUCCAAACCCUCAGUAAACUGUUAAGUGUCGUUGAGGGAGGAAAUAACAAAGGGGAAUUGGCUUGUCUACCUUGAACAACUUUCAAGUUUCCCCCUCUUACUUACGUUUGUGUAAUCAUUGAACUAUUAUAUUGCUCCUCUGUAUAUCGGAAUUUUUUUUUUUUACCAUUCCUGUUUUUCAGAAUUCUCCGCCCA